AUGAAGACCUUUUCUGGGCAGCCAGGGAUCGCCUCCACACUCGAAAACACCAUUGAGCUCACUGCUGUUGGGAGUUACCGUGAGGGCAUUCCAGACCCUUGUACCACGAUAGUUCUGCAGGCUUUGAGCGACGACGAAAAUCUUGUCGAGAAGCUGCUACGAUACGCAGAAGAGUCGCGCCCCAAUGGAGCCUUGUCUGCAUCCGUCUGCCAAGAAACCAGCAUACAGCGUGAGUAUGACAACAAGGCCAAGGCGUAUCCCAUUGGCAAGCGGUACAAAGUAGACAACGUCUUCCUUCGCAACGAUGUGGAUAUCGUCUCUCUUAUGGAGCCGGCUUUCACCACACUUCCAACGAGGCAAUCUUUGUCACUCUGGUCAUCCAUGAGACCACGUAGCAGUCGACCGUUGACCGGCAUGGCCCUCAGCGUGCAGUCGGAUCACUACCUUGCCGUCUACGCUAUUUGGGAGAACGAGGCCGACGACUCUCAGUGCGGGUCAUGGCUCUCCAGUGUUAUGGAGCAACUGGGGCCACAGUCAGUCGGCUCCUACUUGGCCCCCAGCUUUGACACGCCACCUUCAUAUGACGAAGUCAUCGACGUCUGCCAGCCUACGAUUCUCAUCCUGGCCGGACAGUCCAUCCAUGCGGAAUCCGCAGACUCUGCACCGCUCUACCAACUCAACCGGGGCAUCGCAUCCCUGACGCACGCAACCCAGAGCGUAGAGUUCCAGCGGGUCCAGUACAGCGUCAAGACGACGUCAGAUGGAGAGCCCGCCGUCAAGCACCGCGAGCGGCACGUCUACAACCUCAAGCACAACCACAAGGUCCCGGGCGGCUAUGACUCUUGGCCCUCAGAAUCCCCAAACUACCACAUCGAGUCGGUUUCCAGCACUACCAAGGAGGCAGGCACACUAGGCCUGAAGAAGUCGCGCUUUCCCGGCCGUAAACAGUGGAGGGUCCUGCCCGUCGACAGGUCGGGGAAGAACAGCAAGAAAGGGUUCGGCCUUCCGACUUUCGUCAAGGAUGCAAAGCCGGUGUUUGAGAUCAACCACAAGGCGGUCGGCUACGAGUGGACGGACGGUGAGGGCAAGGCUGUUGCCGUUGAGGACGAGGGAGAAGACACCCACCGGUUGAUCGUCACGGCAUCGCUACCCCGGAAGACCCUGGACGCGCUGGUGGCCCUGUGGUGCUGUCGCAUGUGGCAGUACUCGGCAGAUAAUACAGAACCCAUUCACGAGGGCAUGCAAGGAGGUCAGUGCGCCCACGGGAAUGCACACGAUAUCGCGAGUCUCGCUAAUGAAAUGGAACGCAGUACGGAGAAAGCUGAAUCUGUCGAGGGACUUCAUGAAUUCCUAAGACAAGCCGAACGCCAGCCCACGAAGCCCUUGGACAUCGUCCGCAGUACAUGCACCGCCAUGCAAUACUAUGUGCCCUGGAACCAAGCCGUCGCUCGUCGGAAUCUGAAGAAUUACCGUCUCCGUGUUACCAGGGUACUGCGUGCGAUGGCCCUCGGCGCUCACGGCCGCGGUAUCGGCGGCAAAUACCAGCCCAAACUCCCCGCCGGUGAUAUAUACACCAGCGGUAUUGUCUGUCGGUAA